GAUCUGGCAACCCCGUCAGUGAGCUAUAUAGCGGGAAAAGUUUUCACUUGACAUAACUGAGGAGAAACAUCUGUGAACAAUGGCAUCAUCAGGAAGAAAACAGAGCAAGAAAACCAAACAAACAGAAGACCCCACUGACCUGCAGGCCUUUGAUUUCAACAUAGAAGAGGAAAAGAAGUGUCUUAGCGGCUCUGAGGACGAGGCUCGAGAAGAAACACCAAUUGUUGACAAGAUGGGCAAGAAAAGGUCUGCAAGUUCAUUUGAGGAAGAAGACCUGAUUGUAGGUGUAGGGAAUGAAGUUCAGACAAUGUUAGAAAAGUUUGGAGCUGACAUAAGCAAGGCAAUGCAGGCUAAGAGAAAACGCCUAGAAGUUUUCACCAAAAGCUCACUGAAAGGCAGCAACCAGAAAAUAGAGCAGUUGUGGAAAACUCAACAUAGUCAGAGGCAGAAGCUAACGCAGGAGUAUUCACAGCAAGUGCUUUCAGUGCUGCAGCAAUGGGAGACUGAAGUUCAGAAAUCUGAAGAGCAAGAGGAGAAGCUAAACAACUUGUUUCGGCAACAGCAGAAGCUGUUCCUACAAGCUCGAGUUGUGCAGACUCAGAAAAUGAAAACCAUAAAAGAGCUGUAUGAGCAGUUCAACAAGAACAUGGAGGAAAUGGAGAAGAGCCAUGAGGGUUUCCUUCUGGGAGCACAAAUGGAGCUAAGAAAGGAGAUGGCACUGCUGCAGAAAAAGAUCAUGAUGGACACACAACAACAGGAGAUGGCCACCGUGCGGAAGUCCCUCCAGUCCAUGCUGUUUUGAAGAACACAUCUCUUAAGUUCUCUUGCUGUCAUUGAGUUUAUGUAUGUUAUGUUCAGUAUUAGACUUGGUAACAGUUAUCUAAAAGGAUGGCAAUUCACUUCGAUAUUCAAUUGUUUGUAUUUGUUGGUUUGUAUUUUGACAAACUUAUGCAGUUUUGUACAUAUUAAAUACUGUUUUCAGGAUUUCUUGAAACAAUUUGUCAAAGUAUUUUUCUUGUUUCAGAGACCUACCUUGAACUGUUUUACUAUUUAAGAUGAAUAAUAUAAAAAAAUUGUCAUUUGUAAUAUACGACUAUUAUGCUUUUGUGAAAUAGUGUGAGACUCUGCCCUUAGCAGGUGAAAAGAAGUGAUUGUCAGCUGCGUGACAGCCUCAGCUGUGCUGGAUGGGGCCGGCAGCAAUGAUGAGAAAAAGAUAAACCCCAGUUUGCCACGGCUAAAUUGAGUGUAAAACGGGGGGAAACAGUAAAAAAAAAAAAAAAAAAAAAAAAAAU